AAUUCCAUUUUUAAUAUAUCAUAUCGUUCAAAACGCAUGCGUGAGUUCCAAAUCCGACGCAUGCGUACAAACGCCCGUAAAAUGGCCGCCCUUGCCACAUUUGCGAACACCAACUAAAAAUAUUUUGCCAAUAAAUUAUGUUAUGUCGGUUUUCAAAAGCGUAUUCGAAUAAAACAAAAAAAUAAAACGAUCGUAUUUCAAAAAUUGAACGCCAAAAUGGCGGACUGUUGUGCUGUGUGAUGUAAAUUCAGUUUUAUUGUGGAUAUAGUGUUGACAGAUCUGUGGUGAGCAUUAAAGAUGCUUGGAAACGAAGUUUCUUGAGUAUUGACUGUAACAUGCAUUGAUCUUAAUGACUUGAAAUCAAGUUUCCGUUUUUUGAGGAUAACAAGUCAUUGGCCUUGAGAAAUAUUGCAAAAUGGGACGGAAUUCUACUGAACAUGUCAAUCCUGAAUCUAUGGAAUCAUAAGAUGGAUUUUUGCUGCCACAUCGCCAUAAGAUUCACGAGGGGUUUCAUAAAAAUCACAUUAAUAAUAUACUUGUUCUGAUAACAUGUCUGGUAACACGCACUGAUGAAGUCGAACAUGGACAAGAGUAUAAAAAAGAAGAACAAUGUGAACGGGAAAUACAAGAAGAAUGGAAAAUCUGAGAACUACAGGAUCGACGAUGACGUCAUUACGACUUGCUGUCUCUGCGUCAAAACAAAGAAAAGUAAGAAAAAGAGUUUUAUCGCGGGAUGCGUGACGAAUUUGGGAAUCUUUACUUUACUCCUCGCUUACACCCUGGUCGGUGCUUUCAUAUUCCUAGCAAUCGAAGGAGGCGCAGCGAAGAUACACCAGAAAACCCUCGCAACCACUUCCUACCAAGCAAAUGAGAACCAGAAAUCAGUUCCUUUAACGAAAUUGAAUGGUACAAUCAGUCAGGCCAGUGCGGAGUUGAGAUCACAGACAGUUGAAAGCAUUUGGGAGAUAACAGUGUCGUUAAACAUUUUGUAUAAGGAGAAUUGGACGAGGUUGGCUGCGCAGGAGAUUGCCAGGUUUCAGGAGAAGCUGGUGGCGAGAGUGGCGGCUGAUGUGUCGGCGCAGUAUGGAGGAGCGAGGGCCCUGGAGUCAGCCCCGGCCUUGGUCGUUGAUGACUAUGAAUGGAACUUUGCUAAAGCUUUUCUUUAUUCCUUAACUGUUCUUACUACAAUAGGUUACGGCAGCGUGGCGCCUCGAACGGCUUUAGGGAAAGCAGUUACAAUAGGUUAUGCUGUCAUCGGCAUACCUUUAACACUACUAUACCUCUCCGUCGUAGGAGCUCUGCUAUCACGACUAGCACGUAGCGUGUUUAGCAGAGCCCUGUGUUGCUGCAUCUGCACCAAGUGCGGAUACUGCUGUCUUGACGAAAGAGCUAUGACCAGCAAAGAAAGAAAAGAAAAAGUACGAAGGCAAGACGAUUACAGACACCAAACUCUGCAUCUCCAAGAACCGUACUACGUAAGAUCGCCAUCUGGAACGAUUAUAUCAGCGUCGCAAGCUCACAGUGUUAGCACAAAUUCUAUCAAAGAUAAAUCGCAAGGUUUAAGUUUUCUAAGGGACUGUGAUUCAAUGAGCUGCACUGAUACCGACUCCAAGGUUUCGUUACGAGGAUUCUCUAUCCUAGCACCAAUUUCUUUAUGUUUGGCAGCGAUUUUCACGUACAUCUUCUUUGGGGCUCUAGUCUUGUAUCAACUAGAAGGCUGGAGCCCCAUCGACGGUGUUUACUUCUGCUUCAUGAGUCUCAGCACCAUCGGCUUCGGGCAUUUGGCUCCAGGUGCGACUCAAAGGAACGGAGCCUCGUCUGGCACAGUUUGGUUCUGCUCAAUUUAUAUCAUGACUGGCCUCGCUCUCACAGCAAUGUGCUUCAACGUCCUACACGACGAGAUAGUACACCGACUUCGACAUCACGAGAAAGUGCUAAAGGCUAAUAGCCAGAAGGUUUUGACAUCAGAAUUUCUUCAUCGCUCUUGACGAGAUGAAAGUGGGAACUUGACUGAUGAAACAAUGAUUCAUUCUGAGGGAGAAUCGUUGCCCGAAGUUUUGCAUCACGUUUCGAAUAGAUACGAAGGAGGUGCAAUACGUCGUAGUGUGUACACCCUUAAAGAGUUAAAGGAACCGGAAAGGGUCACUCCUAUGUAGGUUGGUCUAAUUUGAUUCCCAACCCGUAGACACGUAUAAUUUUGAGGACAUUAGAAAAAAGGAUUUGAAAAACAGUCUCAAUACCAAACCUAAGUAAAUAAAUGACUGACAUUAUGUGUUAAUUAUUUUAAUUAGUUGACUAAUUAUGAAAUAGGAACUAUAUAGGACAGUAUACUUGUGUUUAGAAAUAAGUUACUCCUAAGUAAACUUAAGGGAACCUAUUUAAAUAUUUUAAGGAUUAUUGAUUAUAAAAAAUGGUUUUUUGUACGUAGAUAUUAUACAUUAGAGCGUUUGAAUUUAUUUUACUGUUGUAAUUUUUAGAAAUAUUGGAGUAUGCCAAAUUAUAUUGUACACAGUAUGAUAUUGAUAGUUCGUACAUACGUAUCAUAUAACUAAAUUAUAUGAGGCAGUUGUUAAACGACUGUUUAGCUGACUCUAAAGACCUACAAUAAGACAAGGUCAAAAA